UUUAAGUAAACUGAUUCCAAAGCUCCGCAAUGACUCCAAAGCGCAAUCCCGGCUACGGGUUUCUGUACCUGUCGACAACUGUUUUCCUGUUCUUGAUGAUUUCGGUUCCGGAACCUAUGGAUGCCAAGAGAAUCUGUGGCCGCGAGCUGGUCACCACGCUGUCGAUGCUGUGCGAAACUUACCCAACGCUUUCGGCAACGGUUUACAACAAACGAACUAAAGUAAAUGACGUUGAUUUUGGCGAUUUCGAUGCAACGAUGUUCAAAACUUGGCCUUUUAAAACCAACUAUGAUCGCGUGGUUGACGAGGUGAAGAAUUUCAAAUCGAACGAGAUGUUUCCGGAGAACUAUCCGAAAAAGCAUUUCUUCAUGUUGAAGGGAACCGCAGACGGCGGAGAUGUUCCGGAAACGAAGGAAGCCCGCCUUCGAAUGGUUAAACGUGGAAUCGUUGAGGAAUGUUGCCACAAUGCCUGCUCGUUCGAACAGAUGAGAGCAUAUUGCCUCAGUUAAACUGGGUGAGAUGUUAGGAAGGAGAAGAAAAAGCUUAAAAAUGUGAAGAAAGUUCUGCCUUGAGUUCCAGUGUUUGUAACAUUCUAAAAUAUUCCACGCGACGUGAAAACAUUCAGAGUGCAAAGGGUACAAAUUGUAAAUGUUUCGAUGUAGCAAAGAAUAUAAAAAAUGCAAAAAAAAACAU